AUGAGUAACCGCCAUCUGCCGGCUGGGCAGGGCAUACAAGCCGCACCUGGAGGCAUCAACGGCGGCAUGGAUUUGAAUGGAAACAUGGGGGGCCCUCGAAGGAGACAGCAGCAGUACAUGAAUCCCUAUCACCAACAUCAGCUGCAGAACCAACAUCCGCAGCACAUGAACCACAUGUACUCCAACUAUGCGCCGUAUGCUCCCCAGCAGUAUUAUGGCAUGCCGCCGCACCAGUAUCAGACUGGAGGAGUUCCAGCUCCCGGAUACAUGCCCUAUCAGAACUACAACACCAGGUCCCCGCCGCCCAUGCAGCAAUACGCCCCCAUGCCUCCGCUUGCUCCCGCCCCUGGCUUGCCCCAUACUCCGUCUUCGACACACUCGUCACAGCUGCUUCCUCCGCCCACGCCCACGACUCCUCAGACGCCUCCGGUCGUUCAGCCAGCCCCUGUGCCGGUGCCUGUCCAAGAGACGACUCCUGCUCCUGCUCCUGUUGCCCCUUCCCCUGUCGUUGCCCCUGUUGUCGAGUCACGCGAGCCUUUUCGCCCACCGCUUCCCUGGCUGUCACGCCCCGACGUCGAAUUUCCCUUUGAUGUCUCCGUGGAACAACAAAUCAACCAGGAGCCUGCGGCAUCUACUCAAAGCGAGCCAGCCCAAAAGCAAGAGGGAGGAUCUACUUCGACUUCUGAUCAUGCUGAAACCUCCAAAUCCGUAGGGGAAGAAGGGGCGACUAAAGCUUCCGCCAUAGCUGAUGCAUCUGGCACUCGCCCAGCUGCACCCGCUGUUCCUGUGGUCCCUGUGCUACCAAAUCAUGGCCCUAAGCCAUCCGCUUCUGAAGCUUCUGUGACGGCGGAGCAGGAAAAGAUCAACGGAGAUGCUGCCAAGUCUGAAGAUCAAGGGGCUGCGACUGAUGCCUCCCCUGAGGUCCAACCCAAUGGCACGAGCCACCCUCCAAGCCCCGUGGUUAAGGCUGCACCUACCAGCUGGGCAAAUCUCUUUGCCAAGCCAUCGGCUCGAGCUCAGACGGGAUUGAAUGGUUCAGCUGGUGGAGAUGUCGCCAAUGGAGAUUCAACAGACGCCACAAAUAACUUUCCUGGGUCAGCCUUUUCCAAAUCAAACGCCAGCUCUCUUGCUCAGGCAAUUCAGUCAUACCAAGUCGAGAACAAUGACAAGAUCGAUUUCCUUGAGCCGCGCGGACUCAUCAACACUGGUAAUAUGUGUUACAUGAACUCUGUGCUGCAAGUGCUCAUGUUCUGUGUGCCGUUUUAUGACUUGCUUGACCAAGUCGGCAAAAAGGCCGCCCACAGCUUCAAGAGCGAGACUCCUCUGAUUGAUGCCUUGAUCAUGUUCAUGAGGGAAUACAGUGUGCUCAAAUCAUCUGCGUCCGUUGAUCAGCUCAAUCGAAUUCUGAAGAACGAAGAUCUCGAACGUUACGGCGAGCCCUUUACCCCUGAGUUUGUCUACGACGCUAUCCGGCAGCUCUCCCGAUUUGCUAGCAUGCGACGUGGUCAUCAGCAGGAUGCAGAGGAGUUCUUGGGUUUCCUGCUUCAGUCACUUGACGAUGAGUGUACCCACGUCAUGAAGGAUUUGCCAGUUGGACACGAGGAAGUACCUUCAUCCGACGCUUCUACUGGGGGAUCUGUUGCGGCUUCUGACGAUUGGCUUGAAGUCGGCCGCAAGCAACGCGCCGCCGUCUCUCGUUUGUCAGGCCAUAAUACGUCAACCCCCAUCACCAAGAUCUUUGGUGGUCUUUUGAGAUCCGAGUUUCGCGUGCCAGGGCUGAAGGACUCCAUCACGACCGAGCGCUACCAACCUCUCCAGCUAGACAUUGGAUCUCCUGAUGUCAGAAAUGUUGUUGAUGCCCUACGUGGACUGACUCGUCCAGAGCGUCUUCAAGGAGACUUCAACUCCCCUCGUGGAAAGGAUGUCACGGCCACGAAACAAGUCUUUAUUGAAACCCUACCACCUGUCUUGAUCCUACACCUCAAACGAUUCCAGUUUGAUGCUGAAGGCCAUGGAACUGUCAAGAUCUGGAAGAAGAUUGGAUAUCCUUUGGAGCUUGAAAUCCCCCGUGAGGCUUUGUCGAGACAGAAACGCCAGAACCUUGAUGAUGCUUCAAUGCCUAGAUACAAGCUCAUUAGCGUGGUGUAUCACCACGGAAAGAAUGCUAGUGGCGGCCACUACACAGUCGACGUGAGGCGACAAGAUGGUCGCGAGUGGAUUCGGCUGGAUGACACCGUCAUUCGGCGCAUCCGGCCCGAAGACGUUGCCGAAACUGGGACCGAGGAAGACACCAAGGAGGCACGCAAGGAUGCCACCUCGAACGUUAGCAGCAACCGGUUCGGAGCCAUGAACGAUGACGACACUGGCGACGAGGACGGUUGGAAGCAAGUCACUGCGCCAACUAACGGUGGCAAGCGAUGGAGCAGUGUUGUCAACGGUGGAGCUAAUGGAGCUGUCAAGGAGAAGCAAGUCAAGGACAGCAUCAAAGAUAACAAGGUCGCAUAUCUCUUGUUUUAUCAGCGUAUAUAA